CACGCCUUGUCGCUAGGGGGCAGACUACGGAAACGCAGCACCUUGUCGGCCGCCGAGGUCUUCAUUAGAAGUGCGUCCGGCUUCCGUCUUCCUCUUUUUUCGUCUGCAUCGGGUACAUACCAUGGUGAACGUACCGAAGACCCGCAGGACUUACUGCAAGAAGUGCAAGAAGCACCAGCCUCACAAAGUGACCCAGUACAAGAAGGGAAAGGACUCCCUCUAUGCACAGGGUAAGAGGAGAUACGACAGAAAGCAGAGCGGAUAUGGAGGUCAGACGAAGCCCAUUUUCCGAAAAAAGGCUAAGACCACAAAGAAGAUCGUAUUGAGGCUAGAGUGCGUGGAGCCCAACUGCAGGUCCAAGAGAAUGCUGGCCAUCAAGAGAUGCAAGCACUUCGAGUUGGGUGGUGACAAGAAGAGAAAGGGCCAGGUCAUCCAGUUCUAAGCUGAGUCCCGCUCUACUGGGUGAAGUUGUCACUGUUUUCAAUAAAUUGAUUGAAAUAUA